CACUCUCUAGAAACCAAAAUCCUAAAAUCAAAGAAAAUCCUCCCUGUAUAAAGAUUCCAUUUUUAUCAAAAUCUCCCAAAUUUUGAAAACCCCAUUUGUUAAAACUUCAAAAAAAAAAUGGCUACAAAAGUAAUGGAAGUGGUAAAGAAUUUUGAUUUGAAGAGGUAUAUGGGUAGAUGGUAUGAAAUUGCUUCAUUCCCAUCAAGAUUUCAGCCUAAAGAUGGAGUGGACACAAGGGCUACUUAUACAUUGAACUCAGAUGGCACUGUACAUGUGCUUAAUGAGACAUGGUGUAAUGGCAAAAGAGGGUUUAUUGAAGGCACUGCUUAUAAGGCUGAUCCUAAUAGUGAUGAGGCAAAAUUGAAAGUCAGGUUUUAUGUUCCACCAUUUUUGCCUAUUAUUCCUGUAACUGGUGAUUAUUGGGUUUUGUAUAUUGAUGAGGAUUAUCAGUAUGCUUUGAUUGGUCAACCUAGCAGGAGGUAUUUAUGGAUAUUAAGUAGGCGAACAUGUCUUGAUGAUGAGAUUUACAACCAGCUUUUUGAGAAGGCUAAAGAAGAAGGCUACGACGUGAGUAAGCUCCACAAGACACCACAAUCUGAUUCCCCACCAGAGAGUGAAGAUAGCCCCGAAGACACCAAAGGAAUUUGGUGGAUCAAAUCAAUCCUUGGAAAAUAGGCAAAAACAGUACAAUGGCCAAAAAAGAAAACUAUCCAAAGACCAAUGAAAUAAGGUGUUUAAAACAGUCUUUAGUGUGUUAAAUCCUACAUGUUUAAAUCUUUUAUGUUUUUACAAGUCUUUUUCCUAUGAAACUAUGUAUAGUUGAUAGUAUUAAAAUUUUGUGGUUUGUCUUUCAA